GUGUAUUGUUGAUGACAUCACUUACAAUGUGAAUGAUACAUUCCAUAAGAGACAUGAAGAGGGACACAUGCUGAACUGCACCUGCUUUGGUCAAGGCCGGGGCAGGUGGAAAUGUGAUCCCAUUGACCAAUGCCAGGACUCAGAAACCCGAACAUUUUAUCAAAUUGGAGACAUAUGGGAGAAGUUUGUGCAUGGUAUUAGGUAUCGGUGCUACUGCUAUGGGCGCGGCAUUGGGGAAUGGCACUGCCAGCCUUUACAAGCCUACCCAGGUUCAACUGGCCCUGUCCAAGUAAUUAUCACUGAGACCCCCAGUCAGCCCAACUCGCACCCUAUUCACUGGAAUGCACCAGAACCAUCUCACAUUUCUCAGUACAUUCUCAGAUGGAAACCUAAAAAUGCUCGAGGUGGUUGGAAGGAGGCCACCAUCCCAGGCCACUUAAACUCAUACACCAUCAAAGGCCUGAAGCCAGGCAUGGUAUAUGAAGGGCAGCUCAUCAGCAUCCAGCACUAUGGUCAACAAGAGGUGACGCGCUUUGACUUCACCACCACCAGCACCAGCCCACCAGUGACUAGCAACACUGUGACAGGAGAGACAACACCUUUAUCUCCUGUUGUGUCCACUUCGGAAUCGGUGACUGAAAUCACAGCCAGCAGUUUUGUGGUCUCAUGGGUCUCAGCCUCGGACACUGUGUCAGGAUUCCGUGUGGAAUAUGAGCUGAGUGAGGAGGGAGAUGAGCCUCAGUACCUGGAUCUCCCCAGCACGGCCACUUCUGUGAGCAUCCCUGACCUGCUUCCUGGCCGCAAAUACAUCGUCAACGUCUAUCAGAUAUCUGAAGAAGGAGAGCAGAGUCUGAUCCUGUCAACUUCACAGACAACGGCACCUGAUGCCCCACCUGACCCUGCCGUGGACCGGGUGGAUGACACCUCGAUUGUUGUUCGCUGGAACAGACCCCAGGCGCCCAUCACAGGAUACAGAAUCGUCUAUUCCCCAUCAGUAGAAGGCAGUAGCACGGAACUCAAUCUUCCUGAAACUGCCAACUCCGUCACCCUCAGUGACUUGCAGCCUGGAGUGCAGUACAAUAUCACCAUCUAUGCUGUGGAAGAAAAUCAGGAGAGCACUCCUGUGUUCAUCCAGCAGGAGACCACGGGUGUGCCUCGCUCAGAUAAAGUGCCCCCUCCCAGGGACCUACAGUUUGUGGAAGUGACAGACGUGAAGGUCACCAUCAUGUGGACACCACCCGAAAGCCCAGUGACUGGUUAUCGUGUGGAUGUGAUCCCUGUCAACCUGCCUGGAGAGCAUGGCCAGAGGCUGCCUGUCAACAGAAAUGCCUUUGCAGAGAUCACAGGGCUGACCCCUGGGGUCACCUAUCACUUCAAAGUCUUCGCUGUGAAUCAGGGGAGGGAGAGUGAACCUCUCACGGCACAGCAGACAACCAAACUGGAUGCUCCCACUAACCUCCAGUUUACCGGUGAAACUGACUCCACUGUCACGGUAAUCUGGACUCCACCUCGGGCCCGCAUUGCUGGCUACCGACUCACGGUGGGCUUGACCCGAGGAGGCCAGCCCAAGCAGUACAAUGUGGGACCUUCUGCCAGGCAGUACCCACUGAGGAACCUGCAGCCUGGGUCUGAGUACACCGUAUCCCUCGUAGCUGUGAAAGGCAACCAGCAGAGCCCCAAAACCACUGGAGUCUUCACUACUCUACAGCCUGUGAGCUCCAUUCCACCUUACAACACAGAGGUAACAGAAACCACCAUUGUGAUUACGUGGACACCUGCUCCAAGAAUCGGCUUUAAGCUGGGUGUGCGACCAAGUGAGGGGGGAGAAGCACCACGAGAAGUGACUUCAGAAUCGGGAAGCAUUGUUGUGUCUGGUCUGACUCCAGGCGUGGAAUAUACUUACACAGUCUCCGUCCUGAGAGAUGGGAAAGAGAGAGACACACCGAUUGUAAAGAAAGUUGUGACACCAUUGUCUCCACCAACAAACUUGCAGCUGGAGGCCAACCCUGACACAGGAGUGCUUACUGUCUCCUGGGACCGGAGUACCACUCCAGACAUUACUGGUUAUAGAAUUACCACCACUCCUACAAAUGACCAGCAGGGCUAUACUUUGGAAGAAGUGGUCCAUGCAGAUCAGAGUUCCUGCACUUUUGAAAACCUGAGUCCUGGCUUGGAGUACAAUGUCAGUGUUUACACUGUCAAGGAUGACAAGGAAAGUGUCCCUAUCUCUGAUACCAUCAUCCCAGAGGUGCCCCAACUCACUGACCUAAGCUCUGUUGAUAUAACCGAUUCAAGCAUCGGCCUGAGGUGGACCCCGCUAAACUUGUCCACCAUUAUUGGGUACCGCAUCACAGUAGUUGCGGCAGGAGAAGGGAUCCCCAUUUUUGAAGAUUUUGUGGACUCCUCAAUAGGAUACUACACAGUUACAGGGCUGGAGCCGGGCAUUGACUAUGACAUCAGCGUUAUCGCUCUCAUUAAUGGCGGAGAGAGCGCCCCUACUACACUGACACAACAAACGGCUGUUCCCCCUCCCACUGACCUACGAUUCACCAAUAUUGGUCCAGACACAAUGCGUGUCACCUGGGCUCCACCUCCAUCCAUUGAACUGACCAAUCUCGUAGUGAGAUAUUCACCUGUGAAAAAUGAGAAGGAUGUUGCAGAACUGUCCAUUUCUCCAUCAGACAACGCUGUGGUCUUGACAAAUCUUCUGCCUGGCACAGAAUAUUUAGUCAAUGUCUCCAGUGUUUAUGAACAACAUGAAAGCAUACCUCUUAGAGGAAGACAGAAAACAGGCCUGGAUGCCCCCACCGGCAUUGACUUUUCUGAUAUCACUGCCAACUCUUUCACUGUCCACUGGAUUCCUCCUCGAGCCCCGAUCACUGGUAUAAAAAUUCGCCAUCAUCCUGAGCAUGCUGUUGGAAGACCCCGAGAAGACCGAGUGCCCCCCACUCGGAAUUCCAUCACCCUCACCAACCUCAAUCCAGGCACAGAAUAUGUGGUCACCAUCACUGGUCUUAAUGGCAAAGAAGAAAGUCCCCUUUUGGUUGGCCAACAAGCAACAGUUUCUGAUGUCCCAAGAGAACUGGAAGUUGUUGCCGCAAACCCCACCAGCCUCAUGAUCAGCUGGGAGCCCCCUGCUGUCACUGUGAGAUACUACAGGAUCACCUAUGGAGAAACAGGAGGACACAGCCCCGUCCAGGAGUUCACUGUACCUGGAAGCAAGUCUACCGCUACCAUCAGUGACCUUAAACCCGGUGUGGACUACACCAUCACUGUGUAUGCUGUCACCGGCCGUGGGGACAGCCCUGCGAGCAGCAAGCCGAUUUCCAUCAAUUACCGAACAGAAAUUGACAAACCAUCUCAGAUGCAAGUGACUGAUGUUCAGGAUAACAGCAUCAGUGUCAGAUGGCUGCCUUCAAGUUCCCCUGUUACCGGUUACAAAGUAACCACUGUACCCAAAAAUGGCCCUGGACCAACUAAAACUAAAAUUGCAGGUCCAGAUCAAACCGAAAUGACCAUUGAAGGCUUGCAGCCCACCGUGGAGUAUGUGGUUAGUGUCUAUGCUCAAGAUGGAAAUGAAGAGAGCCAGCCUCUGGUGCAGACUGCAGUAACCAACAUUGAUCGCCCUAAAGGACUGGCAUUCACUGAUGUGGAUGUCGAUUCCAUCAAAAUUGCUUGGGAAAGCCCACAGGGGCAAGUUUCCAGGUACAGGGUGACCUACUCGAGCCCUGAGGAUGGAAUCCAUGAGCUAUUCCCUGCACCUGAUGGUGAAGAAGACACUGCAGAGCUGCAAGGCCUCAGGCCGGGUUCUGAGUACACAGUCAGUGUGGUUGCCUUGCACGAUGAUAUGGAGAGCCAGCCCCUGAUUGGAACCCAGUCCACAGCCAUUCCUGCACCAACCAACCUGAAGUUUACUCAAGUGACACCAACAAGUCUGACUGCCGUGUGGACUGCGCCCAAUGUUCAGCUCACUGGAUACCGUGUGCGGGUCACACCCAAGGAGAAGACUGGCCCAAUGAAGGAAAUCAACCUUUCCCCUGACAGCACAUCUGUAGUUGUAUCUGGACUUAUGGUGGCCACCAAGUAUGAAGUGAGUGUCUAUGCUCUUAAGGAUACUUUGACAAGCAGACCUGCUCAAGGAGUUAUCACUACUCUGGAAAAUGUCAGCCCUCCAAGAAGGGCCCGUGUGACAGAUGCCACUGAGACCACCAUCACCAUAAGCUGGAGAACUAAGACUGAGACGAUCACUGGCUUCCAGGUUGAUGCCAUCCCAGCAAAUGGCCAGACUCCAGUUCAGAGAAACAUCAGUCCUGAUAUCAGAAGUUACACCAUCACAGGCUUACAACCCGGCACUGACUAUAAGAUCUACUUGUACACUUUAAAUGACAAUGCCAGGAGCUCCCCCGUGGUCAUCGAUGCCUCCACUGCUAUCGAUGCCCCAUCUAACCUGCAUUUCUUGGCCACCACACCCAGCUCUGUGCUCCUGUCCUGGCAGCCACCCCGGGCUAGGAUUACUGGCUACAUCAUCAAGUAUGAGAAGCCUGGGUUCCCCCCCAGAGAAGUGUUCCCUCGGCCUCGCCCUGGAGUCACAGAGGCCACUAUCACUGGUCUUGAGCCAGGAACUGAAUACACCUUCCAGAUCAUAGCCCUCAAGAACAACCAGAAGAGUGAGCCUCUGAUUGGGAGGAGAAAAACAGAUGAGCUUCCCCAACUGGUAACCCUUCCACACCCCAAUCUUCAUGGACCAGAGAUCUUGGAUGUUCCCUCCACAGUUCAAAAGACCCCAUUCAUCACCAACUCUGGGUAUGACACGGGAAAUGGUAUUCAGCUUCCUGGCACUACUGGUCAGCAGCCCAGUGUUGGGCAACAAAUGAUCUUUGAGGAGCAUGGUUUUAGGCGAACCACACCGCCAACCACUGUCGCCCCUGUAAGGCAUAGGCCAAGACCAUAUCCGCCGAAUGUAAAUGAGGAGAUUCAAAUUGGCCAUGUCCCCAGGGGAGACGUAGACCAUCACCUAUACCCUCACCUUCUGGGACCCAAUCCAAAUGCCUCUACAGGACAAGAAGCACUCUCACAGACAACCAUCUCUUGGGCUCCACUCCAGGAAAGCUCUGAGUAUAUCAUUUCAUGUCAGCCCAUUGGCAUUGAUGAAGAACCCUUACAGUUCCGAGUUCCUGGAACUUCUGCUAGUGCCACCCUGACCGGCCUUACCAGAGGGGCCACGUACAACAUCAUAGUGGAGGCUGUGAAAGACCAGCAGAGGCACAGGGUGCGAGAGGAGGUUGUGACCGUGGGCAACUCUGUUGACCAAGGCCUACAGCAACCUUCAGAUGACUCGUGCUUUGACCCCUACACAGUUUCGCAUUAUUCCGUUGGAGAAGAAUGGGAACGGUUGUCUGAAUCUGGCUUUAAGCUUUCGUGCCAGUGCUUAGGCUUUGGCAGUGGUCAUUUCAAAUGUGAUUCAUCUAAAUGGUGUCAUGACAAUGGCGUGAACUAUAAAAUCGGAGAGAAGUGGGAUCGUCAGGGUGAAAAUGGCCAGAUGAUGAGCUGCACAUGUCUUGGAAAUGGAAAAGGAGAAUUCAAGUGUGAUCCACAUGAGACAACAUGUUAUGACGAUGGUAAGACAUACAGUGUAGGAGAACAGUGGCAGAAGGAAUAUCUCGGGGCCAUUUGCUCCUGCACAUGCUUUGGAGGCCAGCGGGGUUGGCGCUGUGACAACUGCCGCAGACCAGGGUCUGAACCCGGUCACGACGGGUCCCCAGAUCGCACUUAUAACCAGUACUCACAGAGGUACCAUCAGAGAACAAACACUAAUGUCAACUGCCCAAUUGAGUGCUUCAUGCCAUUAGAUAUACAAGCUGACAGAGAAGAUUCUCGAGAGUAAUGAUUCCAGCCAAGAGAAACCAGCGUGAAUCUCUACCACAGUCCAUCCAAACUGGAGCCGUGUUAGCAGUCUUCAGCCUGGCAUGUUUGCUUCUUUCUUAAUGCCUUUGCUCUGGAGUAACUUCUCCAGCUUCCGAUCAACUCACAGCUUCUCCAAGCAUCACCCUGGGAGUGUUUCUCAGACUUUUCUCAGAAAUGAGAGCAGUCCAUGGCUUGUUCUGUUCUAAAGUAUUUUAUACCGUUCAGUAUUCUCAAUAAAAUUAUACUAACUUGUGAUUUGGCUUGAAAUCUAUAGGGAAGCACACAUACACACACCAACCAAGAUACAAAAUGUAUUAAAAGGGUAUUACCAAAAUCUUCAGUAGGAAAAGUUGUCCAAACACUUCUGCUUCCACAUAACUCUGACCCGCAAUAUUGUAGAAACAGCACAUCUUUGUCGCUGUGGCAUUUAAAAUAUCUACAGUAAUCAUUUUCUUUCUCCAAAUGAUUCAUUCAAGUAAUUACCUAGGAAUAUGCUUCUCUUACUUGUUAUUUAUCAAUUUUUCCAAGUAUUUUCAUAAGGAAAAAUUGUAUUGAAGGCACUUGGUAUGCAGUUGAUAAGAGCAAUUUGGUUGGCGAUUAUUUUUUAUACUGUACGUGCCAAAGCUUUACUACUGUGGAAAGACGACUGUUUAAUAAAAGAUUUACAUUCCACA